AUGCCUCGAAGAGGAUCUAGUCCUUCAAGAGUUUCGUCUCGUCCACGUGCAAAUUUGCCGGCUCGUGCACCUCCAUCUGCUGUUGCACAGCCUCCAGCACAACCGCGACAGCCAGGUUUAAUGGGACAGAUGGCAGCUACAGCCGGGGGUGUAGCUAUUGGUUCAGUUGUUGGUCACGCUGUUACGGGAGCAUUGUCAGGUGGAUUGGGUGGCAAUCCUGCUCAGCCUGCCCAGAUAUCCUCAACUUCGGAUCAAUCUCAAUCUCCAUGUCAAUACCAUGUAGAUGAACUUAUUCGAUGCGCUCAGUCCCAAAGUGAUAUAAGUGCUUGCAGUGGCUUCUCUGAAGCUCUAAAAGAAUGCAGUCGCCAGUACGGAUUAUACCAUUAG